GGUCUUAAGAAAGAAGUAUCUGUACCAAGACUUUGUGUGAAUGAAUUUAAAAAUAAUGAUGAUGUAGGUCUUAAGAAAGAAGUAUCUGUACCAAGACUUUGUGUGGGUGAAUUUAAAAAUAAUGAUGGUGGUGGUAUUAAUAAGGAAUCUUAUACUCGUAGAAAAUUUGUAAGUGAGUUCGAAAGUAAUACCGACUUUUUUGUGAAUAAAGAUCCAUAUACUCGUAGAAAAUUUGUAAGUGAGUUCGAAAGUAAUACCGACUCUUUUAUGAAUAAAGAUCCAUAUUCUCAUAAAAAAUAUGUAAGUGAGUUUAAAAACAAUUCUGAUGGCGGUGUAAAUAAAGAUUUUGGUACAAAAGUAAGUGUAAUAAAUGAAAUUAAAGAUAAUAAUAUGAAUAAUGAAAAUAUGGAACUAGGUACUACAAAAAAUGUAUUAAGUGAAGGUAUAUAUAAUAAUGAUAGUGAUAUGAAUAAAAAACCCAGUACUAGUACAAAUAUUAAUAGUGAAAAUAAACAAAAUGAUCACAAUAGGAGUAUGAGUUUAGAAAAUACUAAAAGUCAUGUACAACAAAACGUAAAGACACCUUCAUCAAACCAUUAUGAGAAUGAAAAUAAUCAUAAACUUCAUAAUGUUAAUGAAAAAGAAGAAGUUCCCAAAAGAGAUAGAACCAAAAACAAUACCCGUAGAGCAAGUGUUAGUGAAAUUAAUGAGAAUGUAGAGGAAAAGAAAAAACAUAUUCCACAUAAUAAAAAUUAUAAACAUUCUACUGAUGAAGAAAAUAAAGUAGAAAAAGAAAUGAGUAUUCACGAUGGAAUGAAGGGACAAAAAGACGGUUCUAAAAAUGUAGGAUCAUUUUCAUCACAAGGAAUGAGACAAGAUAUUCCUUAUAAAAAUGAAAAUAAUAAACAUUCAGGAUUAAAUACACCAAAAAAUAUUCCACUAAAUAAUAGAAAAUUAAAAAAAGGAUGUACUGUACAUGAAAUAGGUUUUAUGGAUGAUGAUAAUAUAAGUACUAUGAAUGAUACAACACAAAAUGUUAAGCAUAAAAAGAAAUACAGUUCUGUACUUUUUGAAGGAAAGGAAAAAAAUAAUACAAAAAAUGAAACAGAUAAAUUAAAAUCUGACAUUGGAAAUUUUAAAAAUAGUUUACACAAAGAAGAAAAAAAUGUAGCAGAUAAAUUAAAACCUAAUUUUGAAAGUUCCAAAGAAAAUGAAUCGAACAAGGGAACAAAUGUUCCUGAUAAAUUAAAAAUUGAAAAAGAUGCUAAUAGUGGUAGUGAAUUAAAAAACACGAAUAAUAAAGAGAAGGAAGUAAAAAAUAAAUUUAAUGAUACUACAGACAAGAAGUCACAAGAAAAACAAGACAAUCAAAAGGAAAUAGGAGUUAGAUUUGUUGAUAAUAAAGAAAAAACAACAGGCAAAAAAGAAGAUAUCUAUAAGGAAGUAGAAGGUAAAGUUGUUGAUAAUAAAGAAAAGACAUUAGGAAAAAAUGAACACCACGAAGAGUAUGUAAAAGGUAAAUUUGUUGAUAAUAAAGAAAAGACUUUAGGAAAACAUGAACAUCAUGAGGAUCACUUAAAAGGUAAAGCUGUUGAUAAUAAAGAAAAGACUUUAGGAAAACAUGAACAUCAUGAGGAGCAUGUAAAAGGUAAAGAUGUUGAUAAUAAAGAAAAGAUAUUAGGAAAACAUGAACAUCAUGCGGAUCACGUAAAAGGUAAAGCUGUUGAUAAUAAAGAAAAGACAUUAGGAAAACAUGAACAUCAUGCGGAUCACGUAAAAGGUAAAGAUGUUGAUAAUAAAGAAAAGACAUUAGGAAAACAUGAACAUCAUGAGAAGGGAGUAAAUGUCCAAUCAAGUAACACAAACAAACACAUGCCAAGAAAAAUGUUAAGAUAA